AUGGCAAACUUGGAUGACAAAGCUGCCCAUCUGGCGCACUCGGAAGAUGUCGAGUCGGGCCGCCCUUCGAAAGACAACAUCCAACAACGGAGAGAAUCCGUAAAGCACGGCGACAGAGCGCUUGCAAUUCUCGGCGAUGAUCGUGUUGAGUUGACCGAAGAAGACAACAAAAGAAUUCGACGCAAGACCGAUAAAGUCAUUCUUUCCAUUCUCGUUUGGGUCUAUUUCCUCCAGAUCUUGGAUAAGAGCGUUUUAGGCUAUGGCGCUCUCUUCGGCCUGCAAGAAGAUACCAAUCUCACCGGAGAUCAAUAUUCCCUGGUUGGAUCCAUCGCCCCAAUCGCCCAACUCGCAUGGCAACCUUUCUCUUCUUUCUUGAUUAUCAAAGUCCCUCACCGUAUCUUGAUGCCGUCGCUUUGCCUUGGGUGGGGAAUUGCCCAAGCUUGCAUGGCCGCUGCCCAUAACAAUGGCUCCCUCCUGGCUGCCCGCUUUUUCCUCGGCCUUUUUGAGGCAGGCUGUCUGCCACUUUUUAGUGUCAUCACCAGUCAAUGGUAUCGACGAGCUGAACAGCCCAUCCGAGUCGCCGCAUGGUAUGGUACGAACGGUCUCGCUACAAUCGUUGCAUCGGCACUUUCCUAUGGCUUGGGAUCAAUCAAAUCCGAUCUUCUGAAAGAAUGGCAAAUUAUUUUCCUUUUCGUGGGUCUCGUCACUAUUGUCAGUGCACCAGUUGUUUAUUGGUUCCUUGAUAACGACAUCCCAUCCGCUCGCUUCUUGACGGAACACGAAAAGGCACAGGCCAUCGAACGUCUCCGUGCCAAUCAGACUGGUACAGGUAGCCGUGAGUUCAAAUGGGCCCACGUUAUCGAAGUUGCUCUGGAGCCUAAGACAUACCUCUGGCUUGGAAUGGCUCUUCUCCUCAAUGUUGGUGCAUCUGUCACCAAUACUUUUGGCCCCUUGAUUCUCAAGGGCAUCGGCUUCGACAAAUACAAGACCUCGCUCCUAAAUAUGCCUUUCGGCGCAAUGCAACUGGUUGCCAUCUUCAUCGCCUCAUACGCUGCACAAAAGGCAAAACUCAAGUUCGCGGUUUUGGCUGCUCUCAUGCUUCCUGUCAUCGCAGGUCUUGCCGCCCUCUACAAAUUGCCUCGAGAUUCUAGCCACACAGCAGCUCUCAUUGUUUGCUAUUAUCUCCUCGCUUUCAUCUUUGGUGGCAAUCCGUUGAUCGUCUCCUGGAUUGUUGGCAACACCGGCGGCAGCACAAAAAAAUCAGUUAUCAUGUCACUUUACAACGCCGGUUCGUCGGCAGGCAACAUCAUUGGACCCCUACUAUUCAGCAAGAACGACGCUCCAGCGUAUCUUCCCGGUUUACAAAAGGUGCUCGCAAUUUUCGUCACCAUGGUUGCUGUCGUCUUGAUACAAUUCGCUAACUUGAUGUUCCUCAACAAACUUCAAUCGAGGAAGCGAGUCAAGAACGGAAAAGCGGCCGUCAUCAAGGAUCAUUCCAUGGAGGACACCUAUGUCGCCAUGGACGAAUCCGAGGGUGGACAGAGACUGGGUGACAAUGCCUUCCUGGAUCUCACAGACCGGAAGAACGACGAGUUUACUUAUAUCUACUGA